AUGAAAGCUUGUGUCACUCAGACAUUUCUUUGGCUUACAAACAAAGCCGUGCUGCAACGUAAGCUAUAUUUCACCAUGUCUCAGAGUAAAAUAUCAGCGUUUUUUAAGUCGCCCUCUGGUCAGAAACGAACACGAGCUGAUCAUAUCACAACAGCAGACGUUGAUAAAAGUAAAAGCCUAACAAAUGUAAGUCAUUAUGCUAAACCCCCUAUCAAGAGAAGCAAAACUAUUGAAAAGGAUUCAGAUGUGAAGGAUCUGGACACAGCCAGUAAAAUGUUAAAUUCAGAACAAGAUCGCAUAGAACAAAAUAAAAUAGCAGCAAAACUGAAGUUGCUAAAGAGCAAAACUAAUGGGCUGGUUGUUAAUAUUGGUCCAUCCUGGUUUACAGCCUUGGAAGCAGAAUUUUCAAAAGAAUAUUUUUCUAAGCUGAGUCAGUUUAUAGCCACAGAAAGGGAAAAGAGUACAAUAUAUCCUCCACCAGAACAUGUCUUCACAUGGACAACAGCCUGUGAUAUAAGAUCAGUGAAAGUUGUUAUAAUUGGACAAGACCCUUACCAUGGACCCAAGCAAGCUCAUGGUCUUUGCUUCAGUGUGUUGCCAGGUGUGAAACCUCCCCCAAGCCUUGAAAACAUGUUCAAAGAACUGGAGUCUGAUAUUGAGGGCUUUAAGCACGCUGGUCAUGGAAAUCUCAUAGGAUGGGCUCAACAGGGAGUGCUGCUGCUGAAUGCCUGCCUCACAGUUCGGGCAGGUCAGCCCAAUUCACAUGCAGGAAAGGGCUGGGAGAAGUUCACAGAUGCCACUAUUCAUUGGCUGAACUCAAACCUCAAGGGGCUUGUGUUUUUGGUGUGGGGAGCUUAUGCACAGAAGAAAGGAGCCUGUAUUGAUAAGAAAAAACAUCACAUUUUGACAGCAGUUCAUCCAUCGCCACUGUCUGCCCAUCGAGGAUUUUUUGGAUGCAAACAUUUCUCUCACUGUAAUGAACUCCUGAUAGCAGACGGGCAGAAACCAAUCAAUUGGAAACACCUUCCAGAGACUGUAUAA